AACUUUCUACCGCCAGACAGCGCUUUUAUCACUGUUCGUGAAUCAAUUUAGAGUAUAUCUUUGAAUAUGUUCUUGUUUUCCUGUUAGGGAAAGAUAUAGUUGUUUUUGCAGAUGAAAUUUGGAAAUAAAGAUUUGUUGCGAGGCAAAGGUUCUUGUCACAUCAUGCCCAUUGUGCCACAUACUUCAAGAUGAUGACAAAAUUUCGUAGCAAGAAGUUGCAGUGCGGUAAUCAUCAUAAGUGAUGGGUCAGCGGCUUAGUGACCUAAGAGGUUACUUUGGCGUUAUGGAAGACGAAGAAACUGGAGUAGCAACAUCAGGCAGUUUUCAUGUUACUGGUGAAGACUCAGUGUCUGGAAGUCCAAGUGGAAGCAAUAGUAAUGCCUGUAGCACAGUUGCAGAUAAUACGACAGAGGCACUCAGUUGUCCUGAAAAUAGUGCAGUUCAGGUUGUAGAACAUGUUGAUCAACAUUUUGAGAGCAUUUAUAAUAUAGGUAUUGAGGGCUUUAGAAUAGAUGAAGCAAGUGUAAAUGUGGUGGAAAGUGAUUUGUGCUCUUACCAUACUGAAUAUUCCUGUAUUGCAAAAGGUGACUGUAAUUGUGUUGAUGAAGGCACAUCCAGUGCAGCUGAAGAACAGAAUCUGGAAAUAUUAAGUGGUAGCUAUAAUGGACAGACUCUUACUCUUGUAAAUGGUAAAAGAUCAAGAACCAAACUGGGAAGAUCAUCAAAGGAAUUGGGCAGCUGCGGCAAGAAGAAAAGAAAUCAUUGGGUUCUGAAAUUUAAUUGUGCUCGCCUGAAGGGUGGUGGAAACUGUGGACCAGUGUCUGCAGAUACAGAUAUUGCAGAGCCCAAUAUCAGUUGUGAAUCUUGCAUAUGCACAGGCUAUCGUAGGACAGAAGAUCACCACCUAGGGGCAGGUGUUAUUUUCAAAGCAGGUGCUGCAGAAACUGGAUUACAAGAGAGUAGCAAGACAAAUUCCAGUGUAAACCUGCCAUCGAGUGACAAUACAUUACGAGCAGUGGUAUCUGCAGAACAUCUCAUUGACAUGUCCAGAUUUAAUCCUGAAGAUUAUCCAAUUGAAGAUUGUGAUGAAAGGGCGAGAAUAGAGCGGGCGAGAGAAAUUGCAGAAGGUGUCGAGCCACCACCUGGAUUUCUCCCAUCUGCUCACAUCCAGAUCUCACUUGAUGAAUUCACAGCAUUCUUCCAAUCACAUUUGAAUUUCCAUCCAUCAGCGUUCUCAGCGUGUCCACAAAUAGACAUGAAUCUGUCAUCAGGAAUACCAAGAACUGUUCACACCCAAGUGGAUUAUAUUCAUUGUCUGGUGCCUGAUCUUCUGCAGAUUACUUCUUGCUCAUUUUAUUGGGGUAAAAUGGAUCGUUAUGAGGCAGAGCGAUUGUUGGAGGGCAAACCUGAGGGUACAUUUCUUCUUAGAGAUUCUGCACAAGAUGAAUAUCUGUUUUCAGUUAGUUUCAGAAAAUACGGGCGAUCUCUGCAUGCACGCAUUGAACAGUGGAACCACCGCUUUAGUUUUGAUUCACAUGAUCCAGGUGUAUUUGCUUCACCAACAGUUUGUGGUCUCAUUGAGCAUUAUAAGGAUCCAUCGUGUUGCAUGUUUUUUGAACCGAUGCUUACAAUACCACUGCACAGAAAUUUCACAUUUCCCCUGCAACACUUGUGUCGAGCUGUUGUAUGUAGCAGGGCCACCUACGAUGGAUUAAAUCAGUUAAACUUGCCUAAGUCUCUGAAAUCCUAUCUUAAAGAGUAUCAUUAUAAACAACGUGUACGAGUAAGACGACUUGAUUUAGAACAGUAAUCUAAUAAUUUACUCUGCUGUAAUCUUUUCUUUUUUUGUUGUUGUUGACUAAAAUAAGUACCAAAGAGGUGCUGGAAUGUUUAUACUGUUUGUGUACAGUGUUUUAUGAAGUUUGUUGAUGUAUAUUUUAUGCACAGGAAUACUUGUUCUGUAAUAAUAGAAAAAUGUGUUAAAUAGUAAAUUCUUGUUCUUAUCUAUUUUUGUAAGGGUUUUAAACCUUAUGUUUCUCCCAGUUGAAAUCUUGAUUAAUUUUUCAUUAUUGCAUUUUUCUAUAUAGUGUCUCAAAUACACUGUAAAAUAGAAAAGGUCCAUCAGAGUAAUAAAUCUGUUAUCGGUAACCAUAUCCCUAUAGCCCUUCCUGGUAACUCAGGGACAACAUAUGUUAAGUAUUGUCUCAGCUGCAGUGUGGUUGUGAUAUACACUGGCCAGUUGUAAACUAACACCUAGAAGUAAAAGUACAGGAAGGACAGUUUUCUUAAACACA